UCAUCAUUCAGCAGACUAAUUUGGUAUGACAGGAGCUUAAAUACAAGUCCAUGAGGAAGCUGAGCUGGUUUCCAAUGAGAGGGCAGCACCGGCUAACAACGUGAAAGGACAGGUGUUACUAAGUAGUAUUUAUACAGCAGUGAAUAUUAAAAUACACUUCAGAGUGUUAUACCUGUGUGCAGGAGCAGCUUGAAAGGUAACAAAAGGCAGAGAAAGAGAGUGAGAGCAAUUAGAAAGAGAGCACAAAGAUUGAGGAGAGGAAACUUUGAGUGCUUGCCAGAAAGUUUUUUAUUUCGUUUGUCUUGAGUGUGUGGUGGCACUGUAGCAUGUUUAGGAAACCUGCUCUCUCCACAAUCCCUAAUGGAAGCUCUUUGCAGGAGCAAUCUAUUGGCAGGUUGCCCUCUCUGGACAGAAAAGAGCCAGCCCAAGAAGAAAAAGUGGCGCUGAAGAAGAAAGUAACUUUUUUGAGAGGGGUAUCCAUUAUAAUUGGCACUAUCAUUGGAGCAGGAAUCUUCAUCUCUCCCAAAGGGAUCCUAAAGAACACAGGCAGUGUGGGAAUGUCCUUGAUUCUCUGGACGGUGUGUGGUAUCCUCUCACUGUUUGGUGCACUGUGCUAUGCUGAAUUGGGAACAUGUAUCAAGAAAUCCGGUGGCCACUACACUUAUAUCCUAGAGGCGUUUGGCCCGUUACCGGCUUUUGUUAGAGUCUGGGUGGAACUGCUUAUAAUACGCCCUGCUGCCACAGCAGUGAUAUCCUUGGCAUUUGGACGCUAUAUUUUGGAACCAUUUUUUAUCCAAUGUGAAAUUCCAGACCUAGCAAUUAAGCUUAUUACAGCUGUUGGCAUCACAGUGAUAAUGGUCCUGAAUAGCAUGAGUGUCAGUUGGAGUGCUCGCAUCCAGAUUUUCCUUACCUUUUGCAAGCUCAUAGCAAUUUUGAUAAUUAUAGUCCCUGGAGUUAUGCAGCUAAUUAAAGGAGAAACACAGCACUUUAAAGAUGCAUUUGCAGGGAAUGAUGCCAGUGUUAUGGGAUUACCUCUUGCUUUUUAUUCAGGAAUGUAUGCCUAUUCAGGCUGGUUUUACCUCAAUUUUGUUACUGAAGAAGUGGAAAAUCCUGAGAAAAACAUACCACUCGCAAUAUGCGUUUCAAUGGUUAUUGUCACAGUUGGCUAUGUGUUAACAAAUGUGGCCUAUUUCACUACAAUCAGCCCUGAGGAAUUGCUAAAUUCAGAGGCCGUGGCAGUGACCUUUGCUGAACGAUUAAUGGGAAAUUUUUCAUUAGCCGUUCCAAUAUUUGUCGCCCUUUCCUGCUUUGGAUCUAUGAAUGGUGGUGUCUUUGCCGUUUCCAGGAUGUUCUACGUUGCAUCCCGUGAGGGUCACCUUCCGGAAAUUCUCUCCAUGAUUCAUGUCCGCAAGCACACUCCUCUGCCAGCUGUCAUUGUUUUGCACCCUCUAACAAUGAUAAUGCUCUUCACUGGGGAUCUGUACAGCCUCCUGAACUUCCUCAGUUUCGCCAGGUGGCUUUUUAUUGGACUGGUAGUUGUUGGGCUGAUUUAUCUCAGAUAUAAACGUCCUGAUAUGCCUCGUCCUUUCAAGGUGCCGCUAUUUAUUCCAGCUUUGUUUUCCUUCACCUGCCUCUUCAUGGUUGCACUGUCACUUUACUCUGAUCCUGUCAAUACAGGAAUAGGCUUUGCAAUAACCCUGACUGGUGUCCCCGCCUACUACCUCUUUAUCAUAUGGGACAAGAAGCCAAGGUGGUUCAGAAGGCUCUUAGACAGGGUAACUGAAACAUUGCAAAUCAUCCUGGAGGUUGUCCCAACGGAAGAUGGCUUGAAAUCGUGAUCACUUACAUCAUGAAGAAGCAGGUGUUGCCUGAGUGCCCCAUUUCAGCUUGGGGCAUUGGGGUAGGGAGGUUUUUCCCCCUCCCUGGAAGUUCAGUGAAUUACAAGAGCAAGUCACAGUUAAAAUUAAGCCUGGAAAAGAAUCGGUUACUAGAGCUGUAAUUUUUUUUUACAUUCUCAAACUUUUGUACAAGGAGUUGAUAUGUAGAAAGUACAUCUGCUCUGUGCUGUAAAAUAACAGAAGCCACAGCACUCAUGUGGACAUCGAUCCCAUCUUGUCUCUCUGGGAGAGUGGGGACAAGUAGAAAAAAAUGAAAAAUCUCAUUAAUAUUUCCCUUUUAUAAUAUUAUAUUUUAGCAAACCUUAGGUUCUUCAAAUUGGGGAUUUUACUACAUUGUCAAUGAACAUUUGUUCUGGAAAUGUUUUUGUAAUCAGAUAUACUGUGAACAGUGUAUCCUGCACCCUGCUCAUGAAGAACCUAGCCUUCACCGGAAGGAAGGGCAAGGUAAAGCUCCUUAGCUAAAAGUUUGGGUCAACAUUGUUCUCUCUCCCUCCAUUCUUCACCCAUAUCUUACUUCUCUUGUCUCAACUGAAGCAGCACCUCAGUUCCCCACAUACAAACAGGGUGGCUUCACCCACCUUUGUGGUGGCCUAGUAGGAUUGCUAAAUUACCUGAGUUUUUUUCAAUAGAGUAAUUGAAAAUAGAUUCUGAUAUUUAAUAUUGAUUUUCUGCUAAAGGGAAGGCAAAUUUUAGGUUUGAGGCAAUAAUUUGAUGCAUUUGAAAAGUUUCUACAAGCCUGAAAGUUAUCAUUGGUUCUGCCGGUAUUCCACGGUAUAUAUGUGAGAAAUAUCUCUCAGUCCAGUAAAUACUUUCAAAUCAGUUGAGACAUUUGAAAUUCAACCACUGAACAUACAUGGAUAUUUGUAGUCUAGGAAAAUGUGGAUCUGCAGUCCUCAUUUAGGCAAAGCUCCCAUUAAAGACAAUAACAGUUGGUUAACAGAUGUGAUUGGAAGUACCACCAGUUAUGGAAUCAAUGGGAAUUUUGUCCAAGAAAGGACAGCUGUUUUGGAAUAAGCAUACUAAGUGAAAGGUGAAUUAGAGAAGGUUUGGAAUGUUGAAUUGGAUAUGUACACAAACCGCGGGAUGUUUUCUUAAACACAUACCGAGUUCUUCGGCCUUGUAAUCUCAGCAAAUGAUGUUCUCCUACAAAACCUACUUCCUGGUUCCCAGUUUCAACUGAAACUAGAAAUUAGGGAGGAAAUUGGGUUGCAAAAAUUGAAGGCAAAACUUGGUUCAGAAUCAAAACAGUUUGGUGGGUUUUUUUUUCCAGUUUGUGGUUUGGGUUAAGGUUUGGCUCAGUUGUGACUUAGCUUGCCCUUUCCUAUUAAUAAUACUUUGCACAGUAGGUGAACACUGAAAUAUUUUAAAUGAUCAAGAAAGUGGUUCUAUAUUUCAAAGACUACUCCAGCCUUAGGAUAAGAUGUUACUGUUAAUAUGUUAGAAAAAAAAAACGUAAUUAAAUAUUUAAAUAUCUACUUUUAAAACUGUUGCCUAUUAGAAGAUAAAUUGUUUCUUCAAAACCUUCAUGAAACAGACAGAAAUCUUUUAAUUUAUAUAUAUUGAGGGAAACACUAGAACUAUCUAAACUUCUACCGUUAAAGGGAUGCUGUCAACUUGAAGUAAUCAAUUUUUAAAAAGAAGAGGUUUAAAGUCUGUUCACUGCACAUGCUUCUGAGGUCUCCUGCCAGUUUUUGUGGUCUUACAAUCACAUUUUCCUGGGUUUUUUUGUGCAGUUUUUUUCUCCUGUGUUUGUGUGAAAGACCCACAUAAAUAGGGAAGAUGCACUAAUUGACUAGAUUGUGUGCAGUUAGUAUUACUGUUUCCUCUAAGUGCAGUCAAAUGAACAAAGUAAAUAGAGAGGACAAUAUUUUUCCGCUGAUCUCUUUCAGUUAUAGUAACCUUAAGUAUUGUUUGCAACUACAAUAGACAAAUAUUUUCAGACGGAUUUUUAAGUUGACUGGGUUCCUUUAAGUUUACUAUAGUAUUAUUUUUGUUUUCUUCUUACAGAGACUGAAAUUUAGAAGUGUUAAGAGAGCCUGUUUCAGCCGUCACUUUUCAGUAGCAUUAGUUUCACACAAGCAAUUACUUUGUCUUAAGAGAAAUAAUUGAAUUUACUGCAAUUGUAUAUUUAAAAGAAAAAUAACUUGUGAAAUAACAUAAUGAUUUUUAAAAUGGCACACAGGUGCUUAUGAUUCUAAUUAAUGAUUCAAUUCCAUGAAUAUAUACAAUGUUAAUGCAAAAAUAUUUCAAUCAGAUGUCCAUUGAGUUACAAAAAGUCAGAACGAAGGACAGGUAUUGGGUCCUGAAGCAAUGGGUAUAACUGCACAAAGCAAAGGAAGUAGACAAUAUAAAGAAAUCCUUGGAAUGCUGCUUUUGAUCUUUCUAAGAUGUCAUCUUCAAGUCCUUCAAGAAAGAUCCCCUAAAAUAGCAUGCUAAACUUACGUUGUGACUUUUCUCAUUUAGGGCCCAAUUAUGCACCCAUUCAAAGCAAUGGAACUAGUAUUAUGGUAAGGAUUUGCAUCCUACUAUUACUAGUGUGGAUAAGAAUCAGGACCUUCAACUUUUAUCCUCCUUUUUUUACUCUCAAACCUCUUUACCAACGAGCUACUGUCAAAACACCUCUUGCUGGGAAUAUGGGAUGUGUUUUUUCUUUCUAGUGUUGGUCUUUUCAGGCUCUGUCUGGUAUUCCCUAUGCAGGCAGACCUCCCACUGAAGUCAAUGAGAAUGAAAGUUUUUUCAGCAUAGAGGACUUCAAGGGAGAUAUUGAGUUGCAUCCCAUAGAGGCACAGCAUAUAGCUCACAGCCUAGGGAGAGGGGGGACCAUGGUGAUGGUAAGCCACCUUUGCACCCACUCUAUUCCAGAUUUUUCUGGGGGCAGAAAUGGCCCUGGAGGCAUGUUUAAGAUACAGCAGCCUGCCCAGAGCUGCCUAUGGGCACCAGUGUCAUCCAGAAUUUCUGCAGUGCUCCAUGCUGCAGGUCCACCUCUGACAUGUCUCUCCCAUCCCUAGCCUCCCACCGUCUGUACCUGACCUUGUGAAGGGGCUCUCAUAUAACAGCCUGAGACUGUCUUACUACACUCAUGCACUGGAGAUAUUCUCUCCUGUUCAGAUCCAGGGCUUGUAGAGCCCCUUUUAUGCUGUUCCUUCACCCAGCAUGCAGGAGCUGGACUGGUUGUGAUAAUCUCACCCUUCAAGAAUAGACCAUUAGGGCCUGAGCACCAUGUGUUUUUGUUUACACUGAUGCAAAGUCUGUAUAAAUCACUACCAGAUCAGAACAGCAGUGCUUUGCACAGAUGUAAAUGAUUACAUGGAUACAGGCAAUGAAGAAUCACCUUAUAUUGCAAACUGUGACUAGCAGCUGCAAAAUCUUAAUCUGCUCUUUGAUACUACCUCAGUGCAGGGGGCUGGAUUAGAUGACCUCCUGAGGUCGCUUUCAACCCUACAUUUUUAUGAUCACUUAGGAUGCACUAACCAGGAGAGGAAGUAUGUGAAGGUUAAUGUCAAUUAUAAAUAUCUGCAUGUGAUUUGUUACAGCAUUGUCUCUGGAUAAUGAGGUGCCGAAAGUCCCCAGUCAAGGAUCAGGGUCUCAUUGUACUAAGUAUUGUUCAAACACACAACUAUAAGAUGGUGCCUACCCCAAACAACUUACAGUUUGAGUAUAGAGAUGUAUGUGACUGGUGCUACAAUUCUAAGAUAAGGGCCAAAUAAAUUCCUAAAGAGAUUAUGUAGCUACUGCCACCAUCUAUGAGUAGUUAUAACUUCUAAUACAGCAUAGAGAGAAUAGGCUCAGGAAAGAUUGUUUUUUAUUAGCUAGUUUUACAGAAAAUAGUAAGUCCAUAUUUGAAAUGAAAAAACAGAUUCUUUCCAUAUUUUUAUAAUCAGUUUGCAUGUGUAUAUGGAAUCCCUCAUUCACAUCUAAAUAUUGUUACUACAGGACUGUGAAUGUUUAUAAAUGUUGACAAGAUGUUAAGAUACAUUUUUAUCUAUGUAAACAUGCAACAUUGUAGCAUUUUUCUGAAAUAAAUGUAAAAACGUAUUUCUAUAUAUUUUCCAAAUACCUAACACUUCUUAUGCAACCAAAAUCUUGACCGCAACACAGCUUAUGGAUAUGUUCAGUUCCAAAAGCAUAUAGUAUAAACUGUAUAUGUGUAUAUAUUUCCAUAAUUCAUGUAUUCAAUGAACAAACUUUUAAAUACUAACAAUGGUGCUACUAGACAAAUGAAAAUGUCUGUGCUAUAUUUUUGUAAAUAUGUAGAGAUAAUUCACUUUAUGCACAGAGAUUUCCAAAUAUUUUACUUUGAUUUGUGCAAAUCAAGUAAUAUCUUUUACUAAUACAUAGUCACAAAACCCAUUCACAAUGAUCUGAUAUAAAUAUAUAUCUGAUUUGACAUAAUCAGUUAAGGGUCCAGCUGAUAUUAGCAGGAGUUGUGCCUGAGAAAUAACUUCAAAACAAGGCACUAUAUAAUUACAGACAGUAUAAUAAAGGAUUUGAAAGCAUUUCCAUUAUAAACUCCAUUUUGGCCUUACACGUCACAUGAUAUAUUUAAUCUUGAGGGCUGUAAUUAGUCUGUAGAUAUUUUUGUAUACAAAAUGUGGCAUAAGUUUAUUUUAACUGGAACCAGUUAAAUUUUUUGAAUUUUGUGACUUCAAUAAAAAAAAAAGGAGUACUAGUGGCACCUUAGAGACUAACCAAUUUAAGGUGCCACAAGUCCUCCUUUUCUUUUUGCGAAUACAGACUAACACGGCUGCUACUCUGAAACCUGUAACUUCAAUGAAAUUUCUUUUUUUUUUUUUAAAUGAAUACAAACUUAAAUGAACUUUUCCUGAAAACUUUCUCCUGGUUUUUUUUUUUUUUUUUGGUCACCAACUAUGGAGCAAGUUCACAUUUUAAAAAUGUUGAAAUUUUGCAUUUUGAAAAAAAUUGGAGUUUUGAAUUUAGAAAAGGAAAAAUAUGUUUUAAACAAUGAUUCCCUCCCCCUCAAACUCCACACCUUUUAAAAAACCUUCUGAUUUCUUUUAACUUCAGAAAGAGGCAAAGAAAUAUAGCUCUUCUGGGUGGUUGUAUGUGCUUGUUUGUUUUUAUUUCCAAAUGCAAAUCAUCCCUAAUUUUAACCAUGAAGUUUCUAGUAUUAUUUUUAAGGGGAAAGAUUUUAAGUUAUUUGUGUUAGUAUAAUGGGUAGUUAAUUUUCAUAACAUGCAGUGAGAUGAAAGGGACUUUGCAUAUUAUCUUAUGGCUUCAUAAUUUCCAAUGCAAACACAGCCAUUUUAUUAGGAUAUAGUCUAACUUUGGUCAAUAAGGUGGUAUGUAUUUACGAAGCAGAUUUUACCAGCUAAAAUAUGUCAUGGUUUGUGAAAAGUCCAUGUCAAACAUUGUAUCCAAUGAUCUUUACUUACUGAUUUGAGUAUUACAUAGGGUAGGAAUGGACUUAAGAGGUAGGUAGAAGACAUUUGAUCUUGUUCAGUUCUUGUGAUUAGAAGUGGGUAGGACAGCUACCUGAGAGCUAGAGCUGGGCACUGGGCAAUGAAAGGUCGCUUCUGCUUUAUAUGUUUAUUGGAAGACUUCCCUUCGUUCUCUCUCUCAGCUUUUUGUAGUGAUGGUGUCUUUGUAAUGGCUGGCCUUGCCUUAAAUAUCUUGUUACUGAUGUUAAGAUAGGACUUAAUGAACUGACAUUGGUAUUUCUGACUUACGUUCAGGACUGUGAUUUUUUUUUUCUUUCAAAUGUUGGGAUAUCUUUUGGCACAGGAUAUCUUAGCUGUCAUAUCUGGCAUGACAAUUGUGUCGUGAAGCUGAAAAACAUGAAUGAUAAUGUCAUUUGACUUUGUUUUGUGGUUCGGAGUUAGGGUUCAGCCCUCUGCAGACAUUGGGUCAUAAUUGAAUGUAUUUUCUGUUCACCUAGUUUUUGUUAAAGUGCAAUUUAGUAGCAUGCUGACUUUGAUUAUAAAUUUUUGCAUUGACCAAUGGACACUCUUGUUACCAAACUUUGCUAGUCCAAGACUGGAUUUUGCUUGUAUGUUUCUUUUUUGGCAAGGAACUCCAGGAAAGUAUAACUACAGUUGACUUGCCAAUUCCUGUUUACAUUUUUUGGUCUUGUUUUUUAUUGAAAGGAAUUUAACCUAAAAUAUUUUAAGUUAUUUUUUCCUUCAAACACAAUGGGGUGGGGUUUCUUUUGGUUCUUUUAAAUGUCCCAAACAGCUAAAAUAUAGUUCUCAAUAAAGGCUUGUAUUGCAAAAGAGUAGGGAGUUUCAAUUCGCUUUAAACACUUUAUGAAUGCUGACAAUAUUAUGUUCAAAAACUGGUCUUUAAUAUUUUCAGUCUGAGGAUCUAAAGUUGCUACAAAAACAUCUGUAACUAGCCAGUGCUCUGUGCCUAUAACACAUUCUUCUUGUGCAUUCUCUCUCUCACAUGGAGAGCUACAAAAUUUUCCAGCUGGCAGGCAUUUCUUCAGAGCUUUUUCCACUCCCAAGAAUUCAGCUAGAUCUUUGAAGUAGGAAAAAACCCUUUCCGCCCAACCCCAUGGCUUAAUGUAGCCAGGAUCUCACCACAGUGGCGUUGGAACACUUUUUAGAGUGUGGGUGCUGAGACAAAACUAUAAACCCUGUAUAUGAUGGAAACCACUUCAAGCCAGGGGGAGCUAUCGCACUCCCAGCACCCCUAGUUCCAGAACCCUGUCUCAUCAUUUAGAAUGAAUACAUCUGGAGGUGUAUGUAGAGUAAAUGAACCUGAAGUAACAAUACCCAUAACACAUCUCUGAGCCCACAGUGAACUCUAUUAAAAUGGAUUAGAUUCCUGAGUUCUAAGAUGCAAUUGGUUUUUAAAACUAACAGUUAUAAUUGCAUUUUAAACGUUCUGUACAGAUUUGUGUGAUGAACUUUUUUCCAUCAAAUUAUUGAUUUGAGUAUUACGCCCUCAGGGAUGGGAAGUAUGGGUUUAAAUGUUCUGGGACAAUUUUUAUUUUUUUCUGAUGCCAUUGGCUUUGCCUCAGGGAAAGCCAUUUGAGGCAGUUUUAGCUGCCAGUAACUAUCUGCUACUCAGUCAUUACUGUGUAAUUGGAUCUAAAGUACAUUGUAUAAUUUACUAGUAGCGAGAUUUGCUUGCCUAAUUGUGGUAUCCAGCUGACUUCUAGGGAUACUAAUCAAUGCAUAUGCAUAGCACAGUAGACAGAGAACUGUAUGGAUGAGUGAAUAAGUCUUGAAGUGAACUUUCCCUUUCUCAAUCUCAGCACAUUUAAUGGUUAUAAAAGUAUCAAAAAAGAUCUUGGAUUUAAAGUGAGCACAGUGUUUAUAAAAGGUGCCAGAUUGACAUAGCACUGGAAACUGUGCUCUAUGUAUAGACAAAGUGAGGUUCUUUAGACUGUGGAUUUUUGUAUGUGUUUCUUAUUUUAUACCUGAGACAGCUGUUGUAAGAAAAAAUAUGUAAAGUUUUUAUGGGUGUGAUAUCCAUUGAACAUGCAGCAAACAUUUUACUCAGAAUUUUCCCACUCCUGUAAAUAUGGAAUCAUUUUAUUGGGGGAAACACGUCAAUAUUUAGAGCAAAGCCAGGUAGAAGCAAUGAAUUUUGUUGACUGUCAUGGGCAUUAUUUACUCAUUUACAGGCUUGCUGUAAGAAUCUCAGCAGCUGUUUUAUUGGAAAACUAUGUGUUUUUUUUCAAAUCGAGCCUUUGCAUCAGGCUACAUUGUUUACAUCCUGUGGUGGUCUGUUUCUUUCUCCUACAUUCUCAAGAUGCACCCUGACUUCACUUGGAGAUUACAAGUAUCUGUCCAGGGAAAGCAUCUCCUUUUAGUGGCUCUACUGCAAAUGAACAUUUUAUGAGAUCUGCCUCUGGUUUAAACCUGUGCACCCACCUCCUAUAGGUUUUAAACAUUUUGCGGAAGAUACCGGAUACCAGCUGAAAUAGUGUUUCUUCCCAAACUGAAAUAUUCCUGACUUUCACAUAACGACAUGAUUUCAAGCACUUCCAUAACAACUCUUCCCCAGAUACUGCAAAUAGAGGCUUCCAAGCCUCUGAAGAGUAUCUUGCAUGUGUUGCUACACUUCUAAUUCAUGACCAGUGCUAGCCCAUUUCACUUAUGAAAGAUAUAAGGACAAGGAUAGACCCCAGCCUAGUUUUUGCCACUUACACACACUCAUUUUUAAAAGUGCAUUAGGAAAUUAGUAAAUGCUAAAACUAUAGUUAUGGUCACAUUUUUAAAAUUAGCUUUUUAAUCUGGGCAUGGAUACCAUUACAUUUGCCCAUGCAAAAUGGGCAGUUGUGUGCAUAACAUCCAAUUAGCCGGCUCAGCCUUGCUUUUAGACCGAGCUAACCAUUUGCAUGUGAAAAUGUAGGGUUUGGUGCACUGACUCAGGCAUGUUUUCAAAUAUCAUGGGCUGCAUUGGAGACAUUUUCCCUUCAUUUUUAAGGAAAAAGGUUUAGAAUUUUUUGAGACUUGGGGCAUUGCAUUCAGUAUUUUUGAAUCGUUCAGGUAUUCUGACUAUUGGCUGCUUGGGGCAGGGAAAGACGUUUCUAGGGAGUUCUCACUAUAUUUUUAGGUGACAUACUGCAUAGUGAAACUCAAUAUUCAUAAAUUAACUUGGUUGCUGUUCAUAUUUCAUAGCUCUGUUUGCUAAUUUAUGUGCAAGAUAUAUAAAAAUCAUUAAAUGCCAUGAGAUUUGAUGUUUGUUCUACAUACAACAGCACACCAAUGAACAAAACUGCAGCAGUUUUUAUUGAUGCUAAAGUCUAGCUACCUGGGAUUUUAUAAUAAAUAUGAAUUAGAAAAAAGCAGGAUAAAUCAGUUCCUGUACUGUCAGCUUGGCAGAGAUGAUUUAUCUUACCUUUCUGACAAGGCUGGAUUUGACUGAAAACCUCAUACAGCUUGCUUCUGCUUCAGAUCACGCAAAGGCACUCUGGAUUGUGAAAAGCAGGGUAGCUUGCAGUGCUGUACUGGUGCCAUAUUUAUGUGGCGAUAUGUGAACUCUGAAGUGCUUCAGGUUGUAUCUCAUGAUAAUUAUUACAUAUUACAAUGAAUCUACCUGAACCCAUUUUAAUUCCUUAACCCAUAUUUUAAACAAAAAACAGUUUUCAAGUUUUUUUCCAAAAUCUAAAAUAAUUUUUAGAGCAAUCCAGUAGGUGGGAAAUAUAAAGCUUUAUCUAAAGUGGACAUGUGGGUGAUAAAAUGCCUAUUACCCAUGUUCACCUAUGUCACUACAUUUAGAAAUGGAAUGGCAUUACCCACUGGCUACAUAGUGAGGUGGAAGCCCAGCACUCCUUCUACCUGUUAUUUAGAGAUACUUUUCUCGGUGAGUAAAUAUCUUAGACAACGCUGUCCCAAUUAUUAGGUUUUGCUGUGUUGCUGGUGGGCUCCUGACAAUGAUGUCUGCACCGAACUUCAAUACUUGAAAUAAUAGGUUCUGCAGCUAAGCAACUGCCCUCAACAGAAGGUGGAACAGGAACUAUGGUGUCAGGCUUUGUGCCUGUGUUUAUGUAUGGGUGACUUGUGUAACUGUAAUACUGUUGCUCAUUUGGAAGAUGUGCUCAUAUUGGAAACUGUUAUGUACGUGCCAACAUAUAGAUGAUAGAUUGGUGCAAUAUGAUCUCUCUCACAUGUUUUGUUAUGUAAUAGAAUUUGAAAUGUAUGUAUAUUCAAUAUGUAAUGCUUUUAGUUGGCUUCCUCUUACACUGUAUAUGUGGUUUUAUGUGUGUGUGUAUGUAUAUGUAUGUAUGUGUGUAUAUAUAUAAAUUAUAAUUAUAAUUUGUUUAAAGCUAGUUAUGUAGAAAUGCAUUUCUAUGUUGGAAGUUUAAUAAAAAAUCAGUAAAGUA